AUAAUUUCUUCUCCGAGGGGGGAGAGAAUAUUUCUAUUCUAUUAUAAUCCCCAAAUUAGAACCCUAGUUUCCGCCAUUAUCGCAGUCUUUUCCCUUUCUUCACGUGUGCGAAACGAGCCUGUUCUGUUGUUAUUUCACAGGAUCGCUCUUCACCUCGCGUCCAAAAUCCACGAAUCUCUGUUGUUGCACAGAACGCUUUUCUCCUCGCGUAGAAACCCAUUAUCACUGUCUUUCCCCAUUAUCUAAGCUUGUGGAUUUGGAGGCUUUCAUUUUAUUGAUUCUCUAGCUAUGGCUUCAAAGAUUCUUGCUAACUUGAUUGUGAUGGGUGGGGGAAUCUUGGUUAGAGCAGUUGCUCAGGCAUAUCGUCAAGCACUUAACAAUGCGGCGAAAAAUGGUGUUGCCCAAGAGACAAUACAAAACACUGUCCGCCGAGUUAGCAAAGUGAUGACAGAGCAAGAGGCUCGCCAGAUUCUUGGUGUUGCUGAGGAAACUCCCUGGGAAGAGAUUCUGAAGAAAUAUGACAGAUUGUUUGAGAAUAAUUCCAAGAAUGGGAGUUUUUACCUCCAGUCCAAAGUCCAUCGAGCUAAGGAAUGUCUAGAGGCAGUCCACGGCAAGAGUGAGGGUACCCCUAGUUGAGAAUUAGUUUUGCUCUAUCUUUAUACCCUUGUGUAAUGGUUUUGGCCUCCUAGUUGUAUACUAUUUUUUCACUCAAGUUUCUGGAACUAAAUUUGUUGCUACUAUAAAAAGUUGUAUAUUAUUGGUUGGGAAUUGAUGGAAAAUAAUGAACUGAAGCUAUGUUAUUACUUUAA